AUGGAAAGAUUAAAGAAAAAGAUAUGCUGCCAGUUAUUUAGCGAUUUUAACGGAAACUAAUAUCUACUGCCUCUUAAAAGUUAAAUAGUCAAUGCCAGAAUAAUGAAUUCAAUAGCAACAAUAGAAAUAAUCUAGAAAUUCUUUAAUGAUACUGCUCAACCCUUAGAAGUAACUCUUAAUGUACCAAUUGAAGAAGACUAUGGAAUCGGAAAACUUAUGAUUCAAAUUGAUGAAAAAGUCAUUGAAGGCAGAAUAUUAGAGAAAUAAAAAGCUUAAGAGAAGUACGAAGACGCAGUUGCUUAAGGUCACACAGCUGUAAUGGCUUAAGAGGACGACUAAAAAGAUGAAAUCAUCAAAUUGACAAUAGGUAACCUUUUGCCAGGACAAGAAGCAACAUUACAUCUCUAGCUCCUUAAUAUUUUGAAGAUUGAAGGAGCGGCAUAUUGCCUAAGAGUACCUUUGCACUACUUCCCAAAUUACAGCUCAGUUUAAAACUAAUACAGCUAUUAAUUCUUUGUUGAAAUCCAUUCUGACUCCCCAGUUACAUAUUUAAGCUAUCCAAACAAUUCAAAGUUAAUUAAAACUACUUCUGAUGAAAACUUACUUCACAUUAAAAUUGAAAAAGCUUAAGAUAAUGUACUAUGUCUUGAGAAUGAUUUGGUGGUAUACUACAGGACUAAUGAUAUGGAAAGUACUGUACUCUACUCUCAAGAGUCAGAUAGCCAUCCUGAUUAAGUAGCAGUUAUGGUUUCUUUUGUUCCUAGUUUCAUUGAAUCGACUGUUGAAAGUCCAUCUUUGGAGACAUUUGAAGAGGAAAUGCCUGAUCCUUAGGAUGAACCCAGAAGUGGAUCAAUGUCAGGUGGAAAGAUGACAACAACUGUUGAGGCUCUUAAACUUUUUCUAAAAUCUUUGCCUCCUAGGUCUAGCUUUGAAAUUAUUAGUUUUGGUUCUGAAUACAAAGUUUUCUCCGAUUCUACUACUGGUUUAGACUACAAUGAUUAAUCUAUGGAUAGCGCUAUUAGAACUGUAUCUUAAUUCAGUGCUAAUAUGGGAGGAACCGAGAUCUACAAGCCACUUGAAUUCGCUAUUUAGAGCAUUACUACAAAACUUUAAAAGAGAAUAUUUAUGCUAACUGAUGGAGCAGUAGAAAACAGGUAGAGAGUCAUAGAAUUAGCUGAAAAAUGUCCCUUUGAUAUCAGAAUACAUUCUAUUGGUGUUGGAAGAGAUUGUGAUGUGAAACUUGUUUAAGAGGUUGCGAGAAAAGGUAGAGGAUCCUGCAGUUUAGUCCUUGAAAAUAAAGACCUGAAAACUAUUGUAAUCUAAGCCCUUGGCAGAGCAAAAGAUCCAUCUUAUAGCAACUUCAAAUUAUAUCUUGCCCCCUAAGCAAGCAUUUGCGUUAACAACAUGAAACAUGACUUUACAAACACAACUGGAAUAGAAUUAUUCAGGAAUGAAAUCUUUUUAAUGCUUUCAAUAGUCUCUAAGAAAGACUUUUCAAAACUUAAGCUAAAAGCAUCAAGUGAUAUUCAUCCAGUCUCAAAUAAGGGGAUAAAUCAUGAAUGGACUAAAGCAAAUUUCAAAUAAUUAGAUAAGGGAGAAGAACUUUUCAAAAUUGCUGCUAGAAUGAAAAUUAAUGAACUCUCUAACCCAAUAUCGCGAUAUGAUAGCAUAGACAUAAAAAGUAUACAAGAAAAAUCCUUAAAAUACUAAGUUUUAAGCAAGCAUACUUCAUUCUUAGCAAUUAACAAGAAUGAUGAGAAGCCUGUAGGAGAACUUAGAUAAGUUUAAUUAUAAAACCAAAUUUAGUAACUUUAUGAGUUAGAGGAAAAAAGCCAAAUGUUUUGUUAGUCUUCAAGUAAAGGAUUUGCAGUUAAGAAAAAGAGUAGUUAGCCUUCAUUGCUUGGUAUGAUUGGUAGUGGUAUCAAAGGAUUGUUUAAUAUAGGUAGCUCUAAAUAGUCUGCUCCUACAUCAAACCAAAGAAGUUUUAAUGUGGGCUCUGCUCCAAAGUCUUCAUCUUUUUAGAUGAAUAUAAGAGGAUCAGCUCCAAUAGAAAAAUCAGCUCAGAUUUAAAGUUAAUCUACAAAUUAUAAAGCAAAAGGCAAGAGAAUGAAGAAGAUGGCAGCUGCUAUUAAAGAAUAAUCUGAGGACGAAGAAGAACAUGGUAGCUUCUAAGGUUUUGGUUUUAGUUCAAUUGCCCAUUCUCAAGAAAAUUUUGAAUCAAUGAAAAGAUCUAAAUUAUUUGACCAAGAAGAAGAAAAAGAAAUGCCAAAAAUGGCUAUGAUGAAAAGAGAAAUGAUGCCGCCACCUACUAUGAGUAGUAUCAACCCACCUCCUCUCUAAAUUCCUACCAUUGGGAUAAUGCCUCCAGGUGCUCCUCCUUAACGAUAAAUGAUGCAGUCAAACAUUCCUCCUUAAAUUUAAAAAAGCUCAAUGAUGAGAUAAUCGAAAACAUAUGAUGAUUUAAUUAUGGACUAGACAAGUUUAGGGUUUUGGAAAAAUAUCACGAUUAUUUAAACUUUCAUUGAGGAAGAUAUACUUUCCGAUUAAGCUUUGAUUUCAGAGAUUAAGCAAUUGAUUAAGGAUUAGGAUGCUUUUGAGUAAGUUUGGAUUACAUUGGUAGCUCUCUACAUUUUAUAAAAGAAAUUUAAUUCUAAAAAGAAUGAAUGGGAGUUAUUAGCUCAGAAGGGCAAAGAUUAUAUUAGAUCAUUUGGAUUACAGAAGCCAGACAAUUAUGUCAAGAAAAUAAACUAUAAGGUGUUAUGA